AUGAAUUUCGAAGAUUUGUCGCUUACGUCCAUACCGGGUAAUCCAGGUACGCCAGGUGCCGAUGCGGCCUACUGUCCGUGUCCACCACGUACGGGUACUUAUCAGGAAUCCGGACCUCCGUCUUCACAGUACAUGCCCGAACAGGCGGCACCAAUUCCCCAGUCUUACGGAUCAGCGCAUGUGCCCGAUGAAUCGCAAUAUCGUCGACGGGGUAAACUGCGUCAGAGUCGGCUGGCGAAGGUUAUCAAAGCAGCGAGACGACGGACCGCGGCAGCGCGAAGGAGUUUCUAA